AUGGUGGCCGCGCCGCUGGGGGUGACUCUGCUGCUGGCCAGCCUCGCUGUGCCGCGGCGCGCCAGGGGGCUGUACGAUGCGGAGCAUCGGAUCGAGAGCGCCCGGCUCUACGGGAACAUCGACGUCUACUCGUAUUACUUCGUCGACGUGACCGUGGGCACGCCGCCGCAGCGGGUGUCCGUCAUACUGGACACUGGCAGCGGGAUCUUGGCGUUCCCAUGCGCCGGGUGCAAUCACUGCGGGAAGCACGUCGACCCGCUCUUCGACGUGUCGCGGAGCUCAUCUGCCAGGUGGGUCGGUUGCGGCAAGAGCUGCCACGGCAAAACUGGCAGCAGAGGCACCUGCAGAAACGACCACUGCACCUACUCGCAGUCCUACCUGGAAGGCUCGUCUCUCUCUGGCUACUGGUUCGAGGAUUACGUGCACCUGGGCGAUUCCAUCCAGCACAAUCCUCCAGUCUAUGCCAGGACAGGGAUGGGCUGCCACCAGAAUGAGAACAACUUGUUCUACACCCAGAAGGCCAAUGGCAUCUUCGGCAUCCUUGGUGCGCACACGCUGCUGAGGACGACGCUCUUCGCAGACAAGGAGCACGUGAAUUCCGACGUCGGUUUCUCGAUCUGCUUGUCGACGGAGGGGGGGCGCCUCACCGUCGGCGGCCACAACCAGACUAACCUUCGGGGCCCGGUGCAGUACGUGCACCAGGUAGGCUCGGGCUACGAGGUCAAGAUGACCAGCAUCGUGGUACAAGGGCGGCCAGGGUGGGAGGCGAGAUCCAUCGAGCACUUCCACGACACCGUGAUCGACAGCGGAGGGCACCACCUACACGUAUUUCAACCGCGAUCAUUAUCGGCAGUUGCGGCAGGCUAUAGAGGAUUUUGA